CAUUCCUCCAGCUCUCAUUCCUCCAGCUCACAUCAUUCCCUCACACAUCUCUCCGGUUCCCUGCGAAGGAGGAGCAGCCGUGGGCAAGAUGAGCUGCAGCAGGUACCCCGUGGAUGUGAAGGCUGUUGGCUUCAUGCAAUGCAGAAAGCAAAAGAACUACAUGAUGUUUGUGUCUUGGUCAGAYCAGAACAACAUUCUCAUCUACAGGACAUUUGAAGAGUUUAAGAAAUUCCACAAAGAGCUGAAGAGAGCAUUCCCCACGGAGAGUGGGUCACUCAGGAGUUUACCCAGGUUUAAAGGUAUAAUUAUGCAGCAUAGGAAGGGUGGGAGGAUGAACAGGUGCCUGGAGAUCAUGAAACUGCUGGAAACGUAUUCCCAGGAGCUGCUKAAAACAGAUGUGAAAAUCUCCCGAGGUGAAGAGGUGAAUCAGUUUUUCAAGGCACAGACCCAGGACCUCGAUCCGUCCUUCCCUGAAAACAGUGUUGUGAUCAUGCCRUCAGCAUUCAGAAGGGAGAAGAGCCCCAAGCCCCUCUCCAUCACCCUCCCUCAGGCAUCRCAGAGCUACCGCUGCAUUGAGGCCUUUGAAACCAAAGACACAAAGAACAAACCUUUUGCAGUGGCUCAGAAGGAAGUUGUGGAAGUGCUAAUCAAGGACAUGACGGGCUGGUGGCUGGUGGAAAAUGCAGACAAACAGAUAGCCUGGUUCCCAGCCUCUUACUUGGAAGAGCUUGAUGUCUAUGAGGACAUCCAGAAUGCCUUUAGCUCAAAUGAGGAGGGCAGCCUUUACUUUGUGGUGCAGGCCUACGAGGCUCAGAAGGCAGAUGAGCUCUCACUGAACCACGGGGUGGUCGUGGAGGUGGUCAGGAGGUCCCACAAUGGCUGGUGGCUGAUCCGGUACAAUGGCUGCACUGGCUACAUGCCCUCGCUGUGCCUCCGGCCCUACAAGAACCCUCACCACAAACUCCAGACCAUCAUGAGCGGCGGCCUCAACUCCUCCACCCCAAACCUGUGCUGCCCCCAGCCCCGGGGAGAGGCUGUGGCUCAGCCCRGCCCUUCCUUUGUCCCCCGUGAAGAGGACGGGAGCUCUCUGAGAAGCAGAUCCCRGUCCCUGCCCAGGGCCAGCUCCACCCCGGAGCUGGAUUUGGACAGCUCCUCGCUGAGCUCAGGGAGCAGCGGCGAUGGGGACACCCGGCUGGCCUGGAAAGCCGACUUUUCCCGCUCGCUGCCUGAAGUGGAGCAGGCCAGGAGCUCUCCUGCCCUGAGACACAGCCUGGCCUCACACAGCAGCAAAUCCCCACACCUCGGCACCAGGGACAGGAACGAUUCUGGCUUUGUGGAGCCCUCUGCGGCCGAGCUCAGCCUGUCCCUCRCUGACCCCGAGCCGGCCAUGGAUGUCCCCAAGGUGCCGGCGCGUCCCUCGGCCCGCGAGAUCCUGCAGAGGUGCAGCACGGUCACCAAGCGGGCACUGCAGCAGUCGGCUCCCCGGCCGGCUCUCCCCAUGCCCAGCCGCCAUUAGGGUCCUGGGGGAGGGGACAUGAGGCCAGCCCUCACACCCCACCCGCCACAGUCCCCUGGGAGCAGCUUUGGAGCAUCAGGGCUUGGGACCAUCCCUUCCUAAGGACUCCGAUAGAUCCCGAGGAACACACAAAUCCAUCACCUCCACGGGCAGCACCGUUCCUGCUGCAGCUUGCACAGGGGUCAGGGGGGUGCUGGGAGAGGAUUGAGUGGCAUCACUCAGUGUGGAGCUGGCAGCUCUGGAGCUGGAGGUGCCUUGGACUCAGYGAGCUCUUCCUGAGGCAGUGCUGCCCCUGCCCUGCAGUUUGUGAGCGUUCCACAGUCGUGGCUGUGUUGAUCCCCACAUCAGGAGGAGCUGGCACAGCCACUGUGGAGGGCAAAGGAGUGGCACCAGAGGGAUUUAGUCACCUGUGGCACCUUGAGUGGCACUGGACUGGGGAGGGAUGGCAUGGCACCUGUGUGAUGUCACUUACCUGAAUCUCCUAUUUCAUGGAUGACUUUUUAACUCUUUGACUUAGGUAYUCUUUUGGGGUUUUUUUAUAGGUUAGUGGAGAGGCCAUGAAAUAUAGGGAUGGGCUGGAUCUGCUGCAUGGUUGUGAGAACAAAAAACCUGUUGGGGAGGAACCUCAUCCCUGCUCCCUCCAGCCAUGUCUGUACAGGCACAAGAACACAACUAGGGGUGUCACAGCUUGUGUCCCACUUCGGGAUGGCAACAAAGGUCACUUUGAUGAACAAAAUAUUCCUCUUUCCAGGGGUUUGGGUAGUUACUGAAACUCAYGAUUCUAAUCCUAAACUCAUUUGCUAGAGUUGAGUUAGAAAAAGUUAYGGGAAAAUUAAGACUUUUCCAUACUUUGAUAGCUUGAAUUGUACUUAUUCUCCCAGGUACCUGUUAAUAUUUUUAUAAACAACUUGCAUUUGAAUUUUAUACAUUUUUG